AUCUGAGACGCUGCUGAUGAGUAGUUGAGCUUGUCGACGACCGAGUUCGUGAUCGUAAGGAAAUUAUUUUGGUCUUAAAGUCUUAAACACCUUUACAUUAGUAGAUCUACUCUUGCUUAAAGAGAUUGAUAUAAAGCCACAAUGGGGAAAAGGAUUGCAAUCAUCGGUGCUGGAGCAAGUGGACUGGCGGCGAUCAAAUGUUGUCUGGAUGAGGGUCUUGAACCAGUAUGUUUUGACAAAGCAGAUGAUAUCGGAGGACUGUGGUACUAUCGGGAAGAGCGGGAGGACCAAGGCUGUGUGUAUGAGUCAACGGUUAUCAAUACGAGCAAAGAGGUUAUGUGCUUUAGUGAUUUCCCAAUUCCAGAUGACUACCCAAACUUCAUGCACAACAGACUUGUGCUAAAGUACUACCGUCUCUUCUGCGAUCGUUUUGAUCUUCGCAAGUACAUUCGCUUUCACACUAAAGUAGAUUCUGCUGUCUUUGCUGAUGACUACAAGGAAACAGGACAAUGGAAAGUUACAACAACCCAUCAAGAUACUGGCAAGUCAGUGACCGAGAUCUAUGAUGCUGUGCUUGUAUGCACAGGACAUCACUGUACGCCAUACACGCCAGAUUUUGAAGGACUGAAGGAGUUCAAAGGUCAGGUUCUUCAUACGCACGAUUACUUGAAGCCGGAUGGGUUUGCCAAGAAACGAAUCAUGGUAAUUGGAGUGGGUAACUCUGGAUGUGAUGCUGCUGUGGAGCUUAGUAGGUGUGCAUCCCAGGUCUAUUUGAGCACAAGACGAGGAACAUGGAUCAUUCAUCGUUUGGCAGAAGGGGGGAUGCCGGUUGAUAUCUUAGCUAUUCGAAGAAUGGUAGACCUCCUCCCAGAUUUCAUCAAAAAUAUAGGAAUGAAAAGUUCAUUGCAGAAACGUGUCAACCACAAGUUUCUUGGAAUCCAACCCAACCACUCUCCAUUAUCUCAACACCCCACAGUCAAUGACUUCCUCCCUAACUGCAUCAUGAAUGGAUCAAUCAUCGUCAAACCUGACGUCAAGCACUUCACAUCAACAGGUGUCGUGUUCCAAGAUGGAACCACUGAAGAUCUUGAUGUUGUCAUCCUCGGAACUGGGUACCUCUUUAAAUUCCCUUUCCUUGAAGAUUCUGUAAUCAAAGUAGAGCAGAAUAAGUUACCACUCUACAAGUAUGUGUUUCCAGUUAACCUUCAGCAUCCCACCAUUGCGUUUUUAGGGUACAUCCAGCCAUUAGGUGCCAUCAAUCCCAUAUCUGAGCUCCAAGCCAGAUGGGCUACAAGAGUGUUCAAAGGUCUUACAAAGCUACCUUCAUCAGAUCAAAUGAAAGCCAACAUGAUGAGUAAAGAAGAAGCCAUGGCUAAACGUUACAUCUCCUCCCAACGUCAUACCAUCCAAGUUGAUUUCAUUAAAUACAUGGAUGAUGUUGCUCUAGAGUUUGGUGUAAAGCCAGAUUUCUGGAAGAUGUUGCUCUCCGAUCCUGUCCUGGCUUUGAAGUGCGUUUGUGGUCCAUACACACCGUAUCAGUACCGUCUAGUUGGACCGGGUCAAUGGAGCGGCGCCCGUGAUGCUAUCAUCGGGAUCUGGAAUCGGAUCAACAAACCACUUCAGACAAGGAAUUCACAGGAUACAAGUGAUAGUUUCUUAAGUAGCUGGAUGUUGUGGAUUGUCCUUGUAUCUGUUGCCCUCUACUUUUAUUUGUUCUGAGAUGUAUUCAUGCUAAUAGUUUUUGUGUCUUUUGAAAAUGAGAAAAUGAGAUAGUCCAUCGCAGACACAAUACUUUUAGGUUUGGUGCAAUGUGGCAUGUGAAGCGAUAUUGUAUCUAUCACGGCUGGAUCUGCCAUACAUGUAGGUCUAUCAUGUGAUGCACCAGUCCAUCUGCGAUAUUCAGUAAGCUUCUUGAUACCUUGGAUGGUGUCUCUUAGAACUGAUAGAAGUAAUAGUACUUGGCAUAAUCCUUUCUGAGACCCUUUCCUCCUUUUCCAUGACCUGACAUCUUGAAAUUUGAGAGCUAGAUCUUUGCGACCCUGAAUACAGCCAGUGGUCCAUCGUAUGAUGGACCAUUGCACAUGUGAAAUUGAAACUGGAUACGUAAAAAAUUGUGAGUUUAAACCAAGAGUUAAAUAUUCCAUAAAUCCCAUCUCUGUGUGUAGAUUAAGGGAUCAGGAGGUCAAAGAUCACUUGUGGGUCUCAGAUGUAAUUUUUACCUGAAAAUAUUAAACAGCGAUAACAGAAUAACUGUUUAUGAGGUACAACUUUAAACUUUACUCAUGUGUGUAUUGAAGUGACAAUGGUCUGAUUAGAAUAGGUGGUCAUGAAAUCAAAGGUCACAUACAUGAAGAUUUUCAUGUACAUUGAAAUAUCUCAAUCUUGUGUUAAUGCAACCGAUCAAAGGUCUAUGCCGUGUCUUAUUAGCAGGAAUCCUACAAUAAAAGUGCUAUGCAUCUUUUUCAUUACAACUUUCCUGCUUUCCCCAAUAUUUUCUCUAUGAUGAAAUUUGAUGAUUUGUAUUGAAAAUCCACUUUAAAAAGUGCCUACCGGUAACUAAAUAAUCGUUUGAGGUAUCGCCUUUACUUUUGUUUGAUGUUUGCCUAUUGGAAGGACAAUGAUUGUCUAUGUGAUGUUGAUAACUGUGCCCUGUAUGCAUUAGCAUAACCUUACAAGAGUGUCAAAAGUUGCAUGGACAAACUGAUCAAUUUUUUUUAUCUUUCUGUAUUUAUUAAAAUAUAUACAAGAAUUAGAAUUUUUCAAUUAAACAUAAAGAUUAUACAUCUACCACAUUUCAAAAGAACAGUGUCAACUUGAUAAUUUUUAUAAAUUUAAUUCAUCUUUAUGAGUUCUUUUCUAUGCAGCUUAGAUCAAACAUAAUUUACUUUGACUUUUCAAGCCUUUGAUUGAUGCAUUGCCUUUUUUCAUUUUGCCUUGUGAAGAUGUUAGAUAUCUCACAUUUGUGAAAAUAAUGCUUAGCUUUGUGACUAUGAUUUUCAUCUCAAUUCAAUUCAAUUCUUUAUUCCAUUUCCAUUCAAAACAUAAUACAAAGUAAUAUAAAGUAAUACAAAUCAAAUUCAAUUUUACAGACGAGCAUUCUUACUUUGUAAAACAAAAAAAAAACAGUAUAAUAUUGAGCAUAAAUGGAAAUGAAGGGGGUCCACUAAAAAGCAAAGCUUGUAAAGUGUGUAUCCCCCUUGGAAAUGAAGAAAAUAUAAUCCACUUAUUCAUAUAUGCGUUUAUAUUGGUGUUUAUGUGUUUUAGGGAUUCAAAGAAUGUGUGCUGCUUACUGAUUUUGAUUGUUUGCUUAAUUUUGUAUUUCGUGCCGUCCUUACAUUUACAUUUUGUGUUGUAGUUUAAAGUAUGGAAUAUUUUAUUUCUCUCAAGGGCUUUACACAGAAUGAGUUCAGUGGUUCUGUCCUACAUCUUUAACCAGAGUGUUGUAAAUUCGAAUCCUACCUGAGUCAUUAAUUUCCUUCUGCAAAAAAAAAAUCAAAUGCUGCUCUCGGCCCAGGUGAAGUAAAUGAGGACCUGGGAGGAAUUAAUUCUGUGAAACACAGUGCGUGUAAAGCCAGGGUAAUUAUGCUGCAUUGUUGGAGAGUGCUAAAGUGACUUAUGAUACAGUAAGUGUUAAAGAUAAAUGCCAGUUGUACAGAUUUGUGUUCAUACAGAAUCCAAUCAAAUGACCCUUAAGUGUCUGUAUGCAUGAAUAAAAAAUAUGUGCCAAAGGAUUCUGGAAGAUAUUGUGUAAUUGCUGAGAAAGUAGCAAAACAAACAUGAAAUUGGAGCAUGAUGUACAGUCAUUUUCCAAGCAAUAGUUAUACACUGCCAUACAUGUGUUUAUCUGUGUUGAUGAUCUUUAGUAUGAUAGCUUUUUUUCAGAUUUCAUGAUUUCACAAAGUUCAGUUAAUGUAACUGUACAGAUCAAGAUCUGCGAUGUUAUUACACCAAGGAAUGAGUGCAUUAGAUCAAGUUUCACAGUAAAGUCUUGAUUUAGAUGUGAUAUGUAAUUAACAGUACUAUGUAUUUGUGCUUGUCUUUAAUUAAAUUUUAAAACAUAAAGAUAGAAAAAAAGUAGGUUUGAAAACCAUAUGGAGGGAGGUGGGAGCUUGAAGAAAGUUUGCACCGCCUUGCUUCCUGUUUUCCUUUUCUUCCUCUUCUUAAUGCAAAUUUUUAGAUAAAUUGACUCAAAUUGUUAAUCAGGGGCUUGUUUCAGAAGAGUUGUAAUCAACACAACUUGAUAAUCAACCAAUCAGAAAUGCCUGUUUUGGACUUUGAUUUUUUUAUUUUGAAUUUGAUUUUUUUCGUUCUAUUUGAACGCAACUCUUUCGGCAACAGGCUCCAGAUCUUUCAAUGUCAAUUGUAGGCCAAAAUUGCCUUAUGAUCAGCUUGGUGGCUUUGCUCCCUCGCUUGGAAUGUUCUUGAUCAUUUAUUUUUAAUAAUCUUGCCCCUCUAUGAAGAAAUCUUUGCAUAUUGCAUGAAUAGAUAAUAUUUUUAUCUUUUAAUAGCUUGCUGUAAGUUGAUGGAGAUGUUUAGCAUAUUGAGUGGCCCUGCAAUUAGGGUCCUUUAGUUCACUUUUUAUUAUGCAAUAUACCCCUCCUUGAAUGUUUUUUUUUUUCUAUCCAUGUUUUCAAAGUGCUUACCCUUACAUCGAAUGCAUUAUUAUUAACAUGUAUUGUUUGAUUAGAUGUCAGUUGUAUAUUUAGGAGUCGGGGGGGCAAAUCCGUCAGGAACAUUUUCAGGGGGCACAAAAAGGGAUGAAAGUGAGAUGAAAUAAAGGGAGCGCAAGUUAAUUAUCUUGUGGUCAGAUGCUUCAAGGGUCACAAUUUUAGCAUUUGCUGCAAACAUUUUUUUUCUUCAAGAUAUGCCACUGUUAUACAUAAUGUGGUAUAUUACAUAUACAUAGUAUACAUUCCUGAUGCAUCAUCAAAAUCAUAGAAAUUUCAUUUUUAAAAGUACAUUUUUGAAUGAGUUUUCAAAUUGUGCAAUGUUAAUUUAUGUGUAAUAAAUACUCUUAUAUAUAUUGUAUAAUUUUCCAUGAAUUCAUGAAUAUUUUUAUAAAAUGACAAAUUUAUUUUUGUACUAAUUUCACCUUAAUAAAACAUCACUCAUAAGACCUUU